AUGUCCGCCCUAACCGGCGCCCAGUUGGGCUUAAUGACGGGGUCCUUCCUCUCAGGCUGCCUCCUCUCAAUCCCCCUCCUCUCAAUCCCCACCAUCACCUCUCCCACCUCCUCCCCCACAGCCCCCAUUCUUCUCUCCUCCUGGUCAUCCCUUUACAAGCUCGGCGCAGCUUCCAUGCCACCUCUCGCUGCUUUAACCGCCUCUCUUUAUGGGUACACAGCUUACAAGCUUCGCUCCACCUCCCGAACGGAAAGCCAAAAGAAACGGUGGAAACUCUUCACAACAGCAGCCCUCCUAACCCUUUACAUAAUGCCCUUCACGCUCAUCGUCAUGCUCCCCACUAAUAAGGCGUUGAUGAGGCUUAAUGAGAUGCAAAUUGAGCCGGGUCCGCUGGUUAGUAACUUGCAGGAAGUGAGAGAUUUGGUGAGGAGGUGGAAUUGGUUGCACAUUGGGAGGAGCUUGGGGCCAGUGGUGGGGUGUGUGGUUGGGUGGUUUGGGGUUUUUGAGUAUGAUGGGGAUGUGGAGGGGGAGGAGGAGAAAAUUGAGAAGGUUGAGUGA